UUGAAGAGUGUGUUUUGGCUGACUUCUUUCAGGCAAAACCAACUUGAAGCUAUCAACGCCACACUGGAUGGAAAGGAUGUCUUCGUCCUAAUGCCCACCGGUGAUGGGAAAAGUCUUUGUUAUCAACUUCCCGCAGUCUGUAAGACUGGUAGGACCCAGGGAGUAACGUUUGUCAUAUCUCCACUCGAAGAGUGUGUUUGA